AUUGAAACUGAAAGUAUUCAGUGAAUUCAGACCAAAUUUUAGAGCCACAGAGCAGGAGGAAGACCACGACUACUGUGCAUCUGGUUAAUACCGAAGAUGAGUGAUUUGAAAGAAGAGGGGGACAAAGCAGAACCUCCAGGGUCCAAAGGUGGAAAUCCAGACUUCAGUAAUGAAGCUGGACCCUCAGAUAUAAAAGGUCAGCAGCACAGACACAGAGCAGAGUAUCCAGGAUCCAGCUGUCUGUCUGUGAAGAGUGACUGGUCCAAAGAUAGUCCUCCAAACUUUAGUACUGAGCCUGGACCCUCAGACACAAAAGACAAGAAAAUGAGUCAUGCUUCUGUGGAGGAACAGCUGUCCUGCUGUGCUUUGUGUCAGGACGUCCUGAAGGAUCCAGUCUCUACCAGCUGUGGACACUGGUUUUGCAGAGAGAGCGUCACCUCAUACUGGGAAAAGUCUGCUACAUCAGGAGACUCCUCCUGUCCCCACUGUGGAAAAAAAUCCAGAACCAGAGCUGGACAGCAGAUAGCCAGUCAAAGCAGCUGUGAACAAACAGAUGUUGGUCUGCAGGAGGUUUUAGAUGAACAUAAGAUCAGUCUGAGGAGAAGAUGUGAACAUGUGACUGAAGGCACUGAUGAAACAGAAAGUAGAACCCUCCUCAACAGGAUCUACACUGAGCUCUACAUCACAGAGGGACAGAUUGAAGCGGUUCAUACCCAACAUGAGGUGAGGCAGCUGGAGACAGCUUCCAAGAUCCUUCAUAACACUCCAAUCAGGUGCCAGGACAUCUUUAAAGCAUUGCCUGACCAACAGAGACCCAUCACUGUGGUUCUGACGAACGGCGUCGCUGGUGUUGGAAAGACUUUCUCAAUACAGAAGUUCACUCUGGACUGGGCAGAAGGUUUGGAAAACCAAGACAUCAGUGUAGUGAUUCUGCUUUCAUUCAGGGAGCUGAACCUGAUCAGAGAUGAGCAGUACAGUCUUCUAGAGCUGCUCCAUGUUUUCCAUCCAACAUUACAGAAGGUCACAGCAGAGCAGCUCGCUGUCUGUAAACUUCUGUUCAUCUUUGAUGGCCUGGAUGAAAGCAGACUUUCACUGGAUUUCACCAACAGGAAGCUCGUGUCUGAUGUCACACAGAAGUCAUCAGUCAGUGAGCUGCUGACAAACCUCAUCGAGGGGAAUCUGCUUCCUUCUGCUUUCCUCUGGAUAACUUCCCGACCUGGAGCAGCCAGUCAUAUCCCUCCUGCAUAUAUUAACAGGAUGACAGAAGUACGAGGCUUCACUGACACCCAGAAGGAGGAGUACUUCAGGAGGAGAUUCAGUGAUGAAGAGCUGUCCAGCAGAAUCAUCUCCCACAUGAAGACAUCCAGGAGCCUCUACAUCAUGUGUAGAAUCCCAGUCUUCUGCUGGAUCACUGCUACAGUUCUGGAGCACAUGUUGACCACAGAGCAGAGAGGAGAGCUGCCCAAGACCCUGACUGACAUGUAUUCACAUUUCCUGCUGGUCCAGACAAAGAGGAAGAAGAACAAGUACCUCGAGGGAUGUGAGACAAGUCCACAGGAGCUGAUGGAGGCUGACAGGGAAGUUCUCCUGAAGCUGGGGAGGCUGGCCUUUGAACAUCUGGAGAAAGGAAACAUCCUAUUUUACCAAGAAGACCUGGAGCAGUGUGGUCUGGAUGUCACAGAGGCCUCAGUGUACUCAGGAGUUUGUACAGAGAUCUUCAAAAGAGAGUGUGUGAUCCUCCAGAAACCAGUCUACUCCUUUGUUCAUCUGAGCAUUCAGGAGUUUCUUGCUGCUGUCUACAUGUUCCACUCUUACACAAAUAGGAAGACACAGGUGGUGGAGGAGUUCCUAAAAAAGGAUAUAACAUCUCUGGAUAUCUUUCUGAGCAAAGUCAUAGAGAAAUCCCUUCAAAGUAACAAUGGCCACCUGGACCUGUUUGUUCGCUUUCUUCAUGGCUUCUGUUUGGAGUCCAACCAGAGACUCUUGGAAAGUCUGCUAUGUCAGACAGAAAACAAUCCCAGAAUCAUCCAGAGAGUCAUCAACAACCUGAAGGAGAUGAACUGUAAUAAAAUGUCUCCUGACAGAAGCAUCAACAUCUUCCACUGUCUGAUGGAGAUAAAUGACAUCUCAGUGUAUCAAGAGAUCCAAGAGUUCCUUAAGUCAAAGAACAGAUCAGACAAGAAACUCUGUGAGAUCCACUGCUCAGCUCUGGCCUACAUGCUGCAGAUGUCAGAGGAGGUUUUGGAUGAGUUGGACAUGAUGAAGUACAACACAUCAUCAUAUGAGGGGCAGCGGAGAUUGAUUCCAGCUGUGAGGAACUGCAGAAAGGUUCGAUUGUCUUACUGUGAUCUCUCAGAAACUCACUAUAAAAUUGUGGCCUCGGCUCUAAAAUCCAGUCCCUGCCAUUUGACAGAGUUGGAUCUGAGUUUAAACAACCUCCAGGAAUCUGGAAUGGAACAGCUAUGUGCUGCUCUGGAGAGUCCAAACUGUCGACUGGGGACUCUGAGACUUAGGCUCUGCAAUCUGUCAGAGAUCUUCUGUACUGCUCUGGUUUCUGCUCUGAAAUCCAAUCCCUCCCACCUGCAACAUCUGGACCUGGGUUUCAACAACCUACAGGAUUCAGGAAUAAAACAGCUUUGUAUUUAUCUGGAGAGUCCACACUGUAGACUGGAGACUCUGAAUCUGGAUUACUGCAGUUUGUCAGAGAUCAGCUGUGCUGCUCUGGCGUCUGCUCUGACCUCCAACCCUUCCCAUCUGAAACAUCUGUACUUGCGGGGAAACAACCUGCAGGAUUCAGAUGUGAAUCAGCUGUCUGAUCUUUUGAAGAGUCCACACUGCAUUCUGGAAUAUCUGAGGUGGAGGUCAUCUCUGUUCUGGGAGUGAUUAUCUUUCUCGCAGUGGGAGUAGAAAGUGUGAUGUCUGCUGAGAGGAUGAGUUGUGUCCUGAUGAUACAGAGAGAUUAAACCAGCAACAACUUGUGUGUAGAGGUGCUCUGACUGGGCCAUGUUACUGGGAGGUGGAGAGGAGAGCUUCCUCUCCACCUCCCAGUGAUGUAAGGUGAACUCUGAGAACAGUUCCACUAUCAUGCUCAAUGUAGAGUACACCAUCAUCCCUGCCUGUCCCUCUAGAUUGAAACUGCUCUGUCCUUCUAUGGAGAAUCUCAGUACACACACACACACACACCUACACACACACACCUCGUUUACUUGUAUUUGACUUCAUCUUUUCAUUUCUUCACAUCUUCUAGCAGCUCCAGAGUGUAGGGAUUCAUGCAUUUUCAUUUACACAUCUGUUUUCUGAGGAGACACAAAUCCCUUUUUAUGAGGGACAACAUCAUAAAAGCAUAUAGCCACAAAAAUCACAGCAUAAAAAUCUGUUAAAUCAAACAUGCAGAUGGAUCACCCUCUGAGGUGAGCAUCUCACAGCUGCUUCUUUUUCAUUUGCAUAUUCUGAACCACAGCAACUCUGCAGAUUAUUUCUGUGUAUGACACUAAAACACUUGCAGUUAUGUAUGCCUCAGUUUGAACUGUUGUAAAGUCUGUGCUCAUCACCGUGUUGUUUUGAAUUUGAGUGCCACACAGUGGAAUAAUGGAGAACUGUGGCAUACCCGGGAGCGGUCACCAGCCUGUUGCAGGGCCAACACAACUUUUUACUUAACAGUAAAGAAAACUAGUCAUAAGAACAGCCUUCAGUAAAUGUUUUUCUUAUGAAUUCUUAAAUUUUAAAUGAAUGUUUUUUUAAAUUAACAAUUAAAAAAGAUUUUAAAAAUUUUCUAAAAAAUUGCAAAACAUUUUUGUAAUUUUUUGUAAAAGUCACCAACAUUGCUUUAAAAUAUGUGAAUGUUUGUGGUUAUUGAUCUACAUUUUAAUGGCAACAUAUAAGGAAGUUUAUAUAUUUUUAAUUAUGAUGCAUGUGUAUGUGUGGGGUUGUAUUAUGGCGAUGUAGCCACCGGAUGUGAGCGUUGAGCAACUAAAUGUUAAAAACUUGGCUGUGUGAAACUUUUAUUUAAGAAAAAGAAAUCAACUUUUUUUUGUGUUUUUUUUUUUUAUUCAUUUAUUCAUUUGUCUGUAACUGUUUUGUCAAACUUUUUGUAGUCCUUUGUUUACUUCAUUGUUGCUUAGUAAAAUGUUGCAAAAUUGAUUAGCACUAAAUAAAUAAAUAAACUACACUUGACCUGUCCAAUUAAAAA